UGUCACUGUCAAGUGUCAAUUUAUUUGGUUUUCUCGCAUGGUAAAUAAUCUAACCUAUUCACAUUUCUAACUUGAAUAAUUACAUUUACUAAAAUAAAGUUCUAAACAGUAUUACCAAUUCAAUUGUAAUUUGGUUUAAAAUGACCAAUUCUACUGCUGGUGUCUGUGCUAUAAAGGAAGAAUUUGUAAUUCAACGACCGGUUAAAAACCGUGCUGAAGAUAGCAUUCAUUCUAAGCGUAAAUUAGACGAUAGCAACGAAGACGAAGGCGAUAUCGACAAUAAAAAACCUAGAAGUGGUGAAAAUGAGGAUAAUAAAUUCAACAAGCCUAAGAAAAGGGGUCAGAAUAAGGCUCGCCCAAAAACAUACCGAGAUAACAAAGAAGAUAAGGCAUGCCCUUCUAUAGUAAAUGUUGAAUCACCAGAAUUUUUGAACCCGUGCCAAUAUACAAACUGUAAAUACAUUCACAAUCCACUUGAAUAUUUAAAAUUAAAACCUAAAGACCUCGGUGAAACAUGCCAUUUGUAUGAAACCCGAGGCAAAUGCCUCAGGGGCAUAGCUUGUCGCUUUGGAUCUAGUCACAUUACUGCGGAAGGCUUUAAUAAAGUUGACUCAGAUAAGUGGAAACAGUGGAAAGAUGACACUAAAAACACCAUUCAACCACCACUUCAAAUAGCUCUUCAGAAAAGAAAAUAUGAUUUUAAUUUAUCUGAAAAGCUUAUCAAACACAUGGACAGAAGAAAAAAACCCACUGAUAAGGAGUCGGUCGAAAGUACUGAAGAACCAAAAGAUGUUCCCAAUGACAAUGGUGAAGAAAAAGUCAACAAAUCCAGUGGUGCUAUUACCGAUGAAGACCUUAUUAAAUUAUUGCCAAGGGAAAGGAAAACCAUUGAUUGGAGGGAUAAACUGUACCUUAGCCCAUUAACAACAGUCGGAAAUCUGCCUUUCAGGAGAAUCUGUAAGGAGUAUGGAGCUGACAUUACAUGUGGAGAAAUGGCCUUGUGUGAGUCUCUGCUGAAAGGUUUGAAACAAGAGUGGGCAUUAGUCAAACGCCAUGAAUCAGAAGACUUAUUUGGGGCACAAAUAUGUGGAACUAAUAUUUACACCAUCACUAAAGUAGCACAGCUUCUACAAGAGAAUACUGAGCUUGACUUCAUAGAUUUGAAUCUAGGGUGUCCCAUUGAUUUAAUUUAUAAAAAGGGAGGUGGCUGUGGAAUGAUGCACAGAUUGAAUACAUUAGAGUCAUCUGUGCGAUGUGCUUCCAAAAUACUCAGCAUACCUUUUACAAUUAAAAUGAGGACAGGUGUAUACCAAGAUAAAAAAAUUACACAUACAAUUGUACCUAAAAUGUCUGAAUGGGGCGCAUCUCUUAUAACAGUCCAUGGAAGGUCCAGAGAGGCACGGUACACUAGGUCUUCAGACUGGGAAUAUAUUGAGACUUGUGCAAAAGCAGCAGCUCCCUGCCCUGUUUAUGGUAAUGGUGACAUAUUGAGCUAUCAGGAUUAUGUAGAGAAAAGAACAAUAGCUCCUACAUUACAAGGAGUCAUGAUUGGAAGGGGAGCACUUAUCAAACCUUGGAUAUUUACUGAGAUUAAAGAGCAGAGAAUUUGGGAUAUCAGUAGUAAGGAAAGAUUUGACAUAUUAAAGAAAUACACUAACUAUGGUUUGGAGCACUGGGGCUCUGACACACAGGGUGUAGAAAACACGCGUCGAUUCUUACUGGAAUGGCUAUCAUUCCUGUACAGAUAUGUACCUGUUGGCUUGCUGGAACGUCCUCCACAAAGAAUAAAUGAGAGACCACCAUCAUACUUUGGUAGAGAUGACUUAGAAACAUUGAUGGCCUCAGGCAACUGUUCAGAUUGGAUCAAAAUAAGUGAAAUGUUGCUAGGCCCUGUACCUGACGGAUUUAACUUCCUACCAAAACAUAAAGCUAAUUCAUAUUAGGGUAUUAUUGUUAUGAAUAUGGAUAUUUGUUGUUAUGUAAAUAAAUUAUUAAAAAUAG